GCCCCUUUUUAUAGUAUAUAAUUUUUAAAAAAUUAUUUUUGUGCAGAGACAGAGACAAUCCUGUUCAUGGAUCCCAAGGGCUCAACAAAGCAGCCACAAGGACAGGAGGGCCUCCCAAACACAAACCCAUACUACACAAACAUGGGUGAGAACAAGCCAGCUGAAAUCAAAGAUUUCCAGAUUGUGAUUGCAGAGAAGGAAGAAGACUCAGCCAACAAGAAACAGCUAGCAGCUUUAGCCCCAAAAAGAAGCUCCAACAAAGACCGCCACACAAAAGUCGAAGGCAGAGGAAGGAGGAUUCGUAUGCCAGCUCUUUGCGCCGCCAGAAUCUUCCAGCUCACCCGAGAAUUGGGUCACAAAUCAGACGGCGAAACCAUUCAGUGGCUCUUACAGCAAGCCGAGCCGUCGAUUAUGGCCGCUACGGGGACCGGAACUAUGCCGGCGUCGGCUCUGGCGGCGGCUGGAGGCUCUGUUUCGCAACAGGGGAGCUCGAUUUCGGCUGGGUUGCAACAAAAGAUUGAUGAAUUGGGUGGUAGGGCCACUUGGCAGACGAUGAUUGGUGGGAAUUUGGGGAGGACCCAUGUGGCCACCGCUGGGAUAUGGCCUCCUCCUCCUCCUCCUCCUGCUGUUGUCAGUGGUUUUGGGUUUCAGUCAUCACCAUCAUCCACUGGCCCAUCAAUAGCUAAUUUGGGAAGUGAAAGUUCGAAUUAUCUUCAUAAAAUUGGGUUUCCUGGGUUUGACUUGCCAAAUAACAACAUGGGUCCUAUGAGUUUCACCUCAAUUUUGGGUGGUUCUAGUCAGCAUCUACCUGGGUUGGAGCUUGGGCUCUCACAGGAUGGGCAUAUUGGGGUUUUGAACCAUCAAGCUUUGAGCCAGAUUUACCAGCAAAUGGGUCAUGCUAGAAUGCAACAGCAACAGCAACAGCAACAACAACAUCAGCAUCAGCAUCAGCAUCAUCAGCAGCAAUCUUCCAAGGAUGAUUCUCAAGGUGAAAGAAAGACAUAGCUGAGAGAAUUCAAUAGGAACUGGAUUUGGUUUGCUCCAUCUUUCUGGUCUCCACAGCUUCAUCCAACUACAGGUGGAACUGUGAAGGGCCAAACAGCUUGGUGGGUUUGGGCUUAACUUCUUGUUUAUUUUUCAAAGGUGUGUUAAUGAUAGUGUAAGGUACCCUUCAAUUAUUUUGUUCUGUUUAGGUCUGGAUGGAGUGCUGAGCAACUUGUUUGUGAAAAUAUAUAGAGUUUCAGAGUCAUAUUAAUGCAAUUUUCUCUUAGUUUUAGAGAGGAUUUUUGGCAAUAUAAGAUAUUAUCGUCUUUUGCACAAAGUGAAAUCUCUUGGGGUUAAUAUAUUACUAUUGUUGCAUUUA